UGUCUUGUGUUUUUGUUGUGUUUUGUUUCGUUUAAUAUAGUUGUACGCCUGAGAUGCCACAGCUGUUUAUUUCACUGUGAAGUUUCCAUUGGCCUUGUGAGUAAACUGAGUGGAAAAGUUUCUCAUCACAGAGUAUUAGAGUAGCCGGUAGAAAGGCAACUCCUUGGAAAUCUGAUGGUACUUCAUCUGGUUGUGAAAUUGUUUCCUUUGGGUCUGUGAAGAUUCAUUCCGUGUUCAGUAGUGCCUGCCGCAGGACUGUAUCCUGAGCCAGUUUCUUUAAGAUCCAUUUUAAUAUCAUCAUCCGAUUUAUACUUGUUUCUGCAAAGUCAUGCAGAUAUAACAAGACGACACAAGACUUGGACUGAGUGGUAUUUAGCUCCUCUUAUUCGCAUUCAGUGCGUAUUUAAACUCCAUUCUUUUAUAAAGCAAGAAGUGUACGGUUUGUAUUAAUGUGAGGAAUGUGGAAUAUGACGAAAGGAAAGAGGAAUGUCGGCUUGAUAGGGCAAGCGUGACGUGCCUUUUAAUGACAGUCAUUAGAAUCGUCACGUAACGUAGACGGUGAACGCCUCGCAUACGAGAGUGAUUUUCAUCUUCACAUUUUAGAAUAGUGUGUUACGGGUUUCAAUAGGAAUUAUUCAAGACGUAAUGCUUCAUGUUUAACCUACGUUGAUUGUGACAUUGAAAGUUUUUAUUCUUAUGAAAGUAACUUACAUAAAUAUCAGAUGUAAUAUCAUAAUUUGGCACCAUUACCACGUUUCCAAAUAUUAAACAUUUAUUAAUAGACGUACAGAAAUUGUAAUAUGUCCAUAGUCUUUCUAGCUGCUUCAGCAGUUCAGGAACCUACAGGAAGUGGUGUUAAUAUGAUUGACUGGAAUUCGUAUCAGAGAUAAAAUGUGGUUUGUUAGUCGUAUCGACAGAGAUUUUAAAUGUUAGCCUGUGUUUGUGUAGUAACGUUUGUGAAGUUUUGCUGUAGGAACCUGAUUUCAUCUCAUUGACAUAAGAUGGUCAACGAAUUAGUUGUGCCUCAUUUCUGUCUGUUAAAUAUUCAUAUUAAUGUUGUCCUUGGAGUAUGAUAUGUUGGUUCAUGAGUAUCAUUUUUAGAGAAAAGGACGGAAGCAAACCCGUCGACGUAUCUUACUUCCGAUGAGACAACUCCAUGUGAGAAAAAAACUGAAAUUUCCCGUCUCUGUUUACUUCAUACCAUAUCCUGUCUCUCUCACACCUCCAUGUAUUCCUCGUCGAGGCAGCGCAGACGCCAAGCGUUGUAUUCGGACGAGCGUCGCGCCUAUAGGAGACGCACAGUCAUUGUUGUGAGGUCAACAUGACACCACAUGUGUUAAACAUUCAUAUUGUGCUGUUAGUUGGUUGCAUUAAGGUGAUCAAAACUAUGGCAGGGAACUCGGUACAUUCUGACUAAUACGUACGUAUGGGCGUGUGAUAGAUAUAAAUAUUGUUUAUAGCAGAACAUAUAAACGUCGCAAAGUGUUUAAACUGUAACGUAACGUAAUGCAGACACUCGCCAGCUUCAGAAAUAAAACAGAGCUUACCUGUUGGAGUUAUCUAUCGGUCUAGGAUGAACUCUGAUUAGAAGCUGUCAUGGUCUGAGGAACAUGGGGUGUGAACUGGGAAAGUUGGUCAUGGUUCACCGAGAUGCGGGUGAGGGCAGCAAAGGACGCCAUGGGGAAGCAGGUCCACCACCACCACCAGAGCCCCCAGACCCUCGUCUGCCUCUUACGGCCAAGCAGAAAUAUAGUAUGAUGGCUUCAUGGAAAGGAAUCAGCCGAGCAAUGGAACCAACUGGGGUGUACAUGUUUAUAAAAUUGUUCGAGGAACACCAGGAACUACUUAACCUUUUCGAGAAGUUCAGGGAACUUCGCACCCGCGAAGAACAAGCGAACAGCAUGGAGUUGGCAGAGCAUGCUAACACUGUGAUGACCACGCUGGACGAGGGCAUCAAGGGACUGGACAACCUGGACUCCUUCUUCGAUUUCCUGACACAAGUCGGCGCUUCUCACCACCGCAUCCCAGGGUUCAAGCCCGAGUACUUUUGGAGAAUCGAGCGACCAUUCCUGGAGGCUGUGCAGAUGACUCUUGGCGAUCGAUACACAGAGAACAUAGAAAGUAUCUACAAAAUAACUAUCAAGUUUAUUAUUGAGACUCUGGUCCGAGGAUAUGAAGAGAAGAAGCCGGACACAUGAAACAAGGCUGACCCAAAAAGAAAUGCAGAGACUAAUAAUGUUAAGAGAAUUGAUUACUCGUAAAUUUGUAGUCAGUGUCGGAUCCACAUAUUGAAGAUCAUUCAAUUACCAGUUAUCUGUGCACCCAAGCUGCAAUGUUUCAAGGACAUUAUGCCUAACUGACCCAGUUCAUACAUCUGUUCGUAAAUAUUGUAUGUAACUCUGCAUAGACCUUAUUGUGCAAAUGUUCAUGAAGCAUUCAAAGGUGAAACAAAAAUUGAGGCUUUUCAUUUUAAAACAUAUACUAAUUAAUCAUUUCCAUGUUUAGAUUUAAUAAAAUUAAUUCUUCUUAUUUAGUAAAUUUUUGUGUUGUUAAAAAGCCACUAACAAUUUUUGGAAGAUGCCAGAAGUAUCUUUCACUGAUAUUGCCAAAAACUACAUGAACUCAGAGAAGGAGACAGCUUUGAAAUGGGUAAGAAUUAUUUAAUAUAGUAUAUUACAGAUUGAACACUGACUACCAUACAGAUUUUCACAUAUGACACAGAUCACAAAUAUUUAUAGGCAUCCAUCUAUUCUCCAUUUCAAAAAAAAAAUAUUAUUCUUGAUAUUGUCAGAAGCCUUAGUGUUCGUUAACAGUGACAGCAAGAGUGCGAUGUUGUGAAACUCUGGAGGAUGAUGCAUCUGAUGCAUGGUCCAUUGUCCAGUGCAGAUCUUACUAACCUCAUAAAAUGUAUUCACAUUCCAACCACAGGCAUUCGUUUAUCUGUGGGAUUAUGUUGUAAACCCACUGACAUAUAACUUUGAUGGCUUUGGAAUGAAAUAGUUUAAUUUAUUUGCCAAUGCCUGAUGGAAUUAUUUACAUUUUUGAGAUUUUGGCUUUGAAAUAUUUGAAUUAAUUUGAUGUAGUUAAUGAGUUCAGAAAAUCAAACCAUGGGAUGAUGGGAUAAUAUAAGCAGAAGCCAUAUAGUAGUCUUGUUUUACAUAGUCUUAUGUCCCAUGCCACCACUGAGAAUAGAGUUCUGUUAAUAGGACCUAGUCUUGGUCCCUGUUUGCAGGGUUAAGAAACACAGGGUCAGUAGCCUGAAGUCCCUUUAUUAAGCUCACUAUGUAAAAAAAUGUUUUUGUAAGGAACCAGAGACUAAAAUAAAUGCACCCUUUUAAGAUAGAUGGUUGACCACAAAAAUCUAUGCCGGUGUUCUGUUUGAAAGGAAAGUGAGAAGCAUUAUUGUUGUCAAAUUUAUGACAGACAUUUCUAAUAUUUGUUAUGCAAAUUUAGGCAACAAUGCUGCCAAAGUAUGUGCCUGUGUUUGGCUUACUGUCUAGAAUUGUCUAGAAAGUGUUUAGUUUGACAGUGUUGUGACGAAUGUGGAAUACUGUACAAUGUUCUAUGUAUAUAAGUUAAGUUAAAGUUUGUAGUUGUAGCCAGCCAUGUGCUGUGUGAUGUUAAAGGAGAAUGGUGUUGGGUUAUUACUUGGAGAUUGUGUCUGUAUUGCAAUGAACAGAAGGGAGUGACAGCUGCAUGCAUAAUCGAUGAGGAAUGGAGAAAAUUGCUUAGUCUGUAAUAGUAUGUCUAAUUGAAUGCUCUGACUGGUUUGUGCCUUGCUCGUUUCAGUCUGGUUUCAUUAUAAAUACAGGUUCAUGGGAUCGCCAGGACCAUAUUCAUGUGUGUCUUCUUCUGUCUUCCCCUAGUAAGAGAGGAGAAAGGAAUUUAUCUCUGCCACUGCAUCCACACAUCUAUCAAGUCAAUGAAUACUGGGAAAAACUGGCUGGUUUGUGAAACUGACCACUCAUCUCCAUGUAGCAUUGAAGCAUUGAGCUUCACCCCAGCUCCCCCAUGCAUAUUUAUGUCUUGGUCCUUGGGCAGAGGCAUGACUUUAGGUUUAAUUGUUGUAAACAUAAUGGAUUAAACUCUUGGCCUAUUCUGGAUACAGGGAUCAAAAUUCUUCCUUCCAUCUUCAUGAUGCAUAAUCGUUUUUAAUUUAAUCCAAUUCUAUAUCACCUCUGUAUUUGAAAUUUUGCUAUAAAGUAUCCAAGUAAUUAAUCAAUCUGUACAGAAACAUGAAUUAAGAAUAAUGGUAAUAUAACAUAUAUUGCCAUAUUUAGAAAUGCUAUAUUAUCUGAUUCAGUAAUGUAUUUUGAUGCUCAUCUCAAAUUAAUUUUAAAUUCAAGUAGCAGGCCCCCAGUAAAAAAUGUGAAAGAAAAGACCAUAUGAGCCCCUAAUUAAAUUUAUGCAUUCCUACAACUAGCAAUUCUUAUUGAAAUAAUUUCAAUAAGAAUUUGCUUUUUCAUUCAAUCCUAGAAUGCAUUUUAUUCUCAAAACCACAUGAUAUUAUAAACAGGAAUGACAUCAAAUGAAGUUUAAUCCCCGAUUAGUUAAUGACAUUACUCGAAAGCAAAGCAAAUCAAAAUGUCAAAAGUAGGAGAAUAUUUGUAAUUAAUAAGAACUUACACUAACAAUUUAAAUUGUUAGUUUCAAUACCUUCAGCAUCUUAAGAAACAAGCAACCAUAAUAACAUAAAAUGACAAGAAAAAAUAAGAAAAAGUUGUGCAUAAACUGCACACAGUUAUCAGCUUGUUCAUUUAACUAUGCAAUUCACAUAUUGUGUACAGAAAUGUUUGUGGUCGACUAUUCUCGGUAUUGAUGGGAGAGCCAGAGUUAAAGUUAAUAUUAAUUUUAAAAAAUAUAACUGGUGAUGCUAACAAGUGUCUAACUACUUAUCACACAAGCUGUGAGAGGUCUCUGAAAAACAAACUUUGUGUGUUGUUGUUAGUUAUUAAUUGUAAUUAACUAGAAUUUGUUUUAUUUUCAUGAAGUUUUGCUUCCCUGUGCCCUCCUUAGGUAAGUGAGUGAGUGUAAGCAGAAACAAUUAAAUAACCUAACACAGU